GCAAUGUUCAACCAAUCUACCUUCACUACUCAACCAUUCGGAAAGUGUUUGGAUGGUUAUGUAACCUCUGAUCAUGAAUUUUACCUCUUGGACUUGUCUGAUUAUGACCAUGUGAUCAAGAAGAAAAUUGCUCACGUUGAAGAUGUCAAAUUGGCCUCUGAUAAAAAUCGUAUAUUUGAAUGUGUUAGCGAAAUUAAAUUGGAUUGGGAAAGUCAUUUGAUGUAUCAAUUGUCUGUCAGAAGUGAUAAUGAUGAGCCUACCAUUCGUGCCUAUGCAACAACAUCGUCCAGAACUGGUUCUAAUUGUAUACAUUCUAAUCGUUCCUGGUUCAAAUUUAACAAUGUUGAAACCUUUGAGAAGGAACAAGUGAAUAUUCUUGAAAGAAUUAAUGAAGAAGGUAUUGGAUUUGUUGGUGGUUCAAUGAUUUUAUCGUGCAGUGGAGGCGAACCAGUUAUUGAGAGAGGUAAUUACAAUGAAUUUACUGUUGAAAAAUGUAGUGAACUUCCACCCUAUGUUAGACCUCAAUUUCCAUUGAGAAAUACUACAUUAUUAAUUACUCUUCCAUGUGAAGAUGUACUCAAUAGAAAAUACUCUAUUAAUGCAUUAUAUUAUAAUGGUACUUUUUAUCAAUAUGAUUUGGAAAGUGGUAAAUUUAAGGUUGAAAAUCCAAUUACAUGCUCAACUGAAUGUGAUAAGACAUUUUCAUUUACAGGAACUGGAUUUAAUGACAAUUGCAAAAUUAUUCCAUACUUGGAGGGUCAUAGAUUGAGAGUUUUUGUUCAUCAAAAUAGAUGUUUAUACGAAUUGGUUUGGAAUCAAGAAGGUACUCAAAUUGUACUUGUCAAGCAUUUAGAUUGGAUUUGUGAAAUACUUUCCAUUGUAAGAUUGGAUAAUUUUGGUUUACUAGUUAGCUCAUCUGCAGAUAAGACAAUUGAUUGUUUUGCCUAUACUCCACAAUUAUUUAAUAUUCAAAAUUCAAAAGGAGAAGGUGAAUUGAGAAAAUUACCAAUCAAGGGUUCUCUUACCUAUUUAUAUUCCCCAAUUUCUAAAACAAUUAUUUUAAAGGACAACAACAAUCAAUAUAACAAGGUGACUAGCAUUAGUGAAAUUGAACAAGUCAAAAGUGAAAAGAUUAAGGAAAUAUUCAAUGAGGAAGAAUAUUUAGAAAAAUUGAAGAAGGAUUCAGAAUUUGAUGUAUAUGUUCCAAAGUUAGUAACUCCUUCCAUGUCAUGUGUAAAUGUAGUUGGUGCCAGAAUUACCAAAGCUUACCAAAUCAAAGAAGAAAAAUAUAAUGACUUUGAAAUUAUUGCAGGAUUGAGAUGUAGAGAUCACAUGGACAAGUUGGGAGAAAUUAUUUCCAAAGAUUAUAUUGAAUUGGAACCUGAAGAUUUUGCAAAUUAUCUUGGAGCUCCAAUAAUGUACAAAUCUAGUUGGAGUGAUAUAUUGGAAUAUAAGAAUCAUAUCAAGGACAUGAAGGAUUGUAAAAAAUCUUCAAAACAAAUUUCUGUAGCCUGUAUUGGUAGUGGGUUUAUGUCAAAUUCAGGUGUUGAUUUGACAUCUACUGCAUUUAUUGGCAUUGUUGGUUGUAAAGAAUUGACAACAACUGAAAGUACUUCCACUAAUGAUAUCAUGAAUGAUACAAAUAAUACAAGAAAGGAAUAUGAAAUCUUGUUUGAUGAUCAAGAAUUCAAAGUUGAAAGUACAUCAAUUAUUGCCAAUGAUUCACUUGCAGAUGGAAAUCCUGUAAUUAUUGAGAAUGUUAGACCUGGUACAUGGAAAUGGAUUACUACCAAUAAGGAAAAAAAUUAUGUAGAUGGUGGAGGAAUUGACAAUUACUUGACAGCACAAAUAAUUGCCAUUCAUUCUGAUUGUUAUGAUGAAAUUACAAAGAAUCCAAAUUUAUUCAAAUACUCUGAUGACAUUUAUAGAGAACUAGAAGGAGAAGCAACAAAGACAGAUUACUACCCAGAUCCAGUGAAUGAAGAUGGAUGGUAUUUAAUGAAGUUUGGUGUUGGAGUUGAUGCUGGAGUUGCAAGCUUUUUUGAUUUAAAGUAUUACAACAAUAUGGAAGCAUUUGGUUUACCAUUCAAGCAGAAAUCUCUAUUGGAAAAAGCAUUUAAACUUUCAUACGGAUCUGAAUGGUCUAAUUACUUGUCCAAAGAAAUGCAAAAGCUCCAUUAUCCUUCAAAAAUGGCUGCUCCUUAUGGAAUUAUUACAUCAUCUGGUUAUGGUGAUGGUUGUUAUGCUUGUUUGUUUAAGAAAUCAGAAGCAGGUGAUGUUAUUGCAGUAAGAAUGAUUUUUGCUUGAUUGAAUAAAAACCCUAUCUGGUGAUGAUUCUAUUCAA